UGUGUGACGGUGUCAAAGAGCGAAAGCAGAGGCACAGAAACAAACAGAGGAAAUUGAAAAGCCAUCUUAUCCACUUAUCCCCGUACGCUGGUAAACCAAUAGAAAGCCAUGUGAAGCUUCAAAACCGUCGAAUGCAUAUAAUCAAUUGCCAGAAAACCAGACAUGGCGUCCGUAUUGGGAACUUCUUCUACGGCGAUCUUCGCUUCUCGACUCGGCUCCUCUCCCUCCUCUAGGUCUUCCUUUCCUUCACUCUCCUUAAUUCCAGGGCAGAGCUAUGGGAAGAAGUUCUAUGGAGGGAUUGGGAUUCAUGGUAAGAAGGGGAGGUCUCAGUUUCGUGUUACAGUUACCAAUGUUGCUACUGAAAUCAACUCUGUUGAACAGGCUCAGAAACUUGGUUCUAAAGAGACCCAGAGGCCGGUGUAUCCAUUUGCUGCAAUUGUAGGUCAGGAUGAGAUGAAACUAUGCCUUCUGUUAAAUGUUAUUGAUCCUAAGAUUGGUGGUGUUAUGAUCAUGGGCGAUAGGGGAACAGGGAAAUCUACAACUGUUAGAUCCUUGGUUGAUUUGCUUCCUGAAAUCAAGGUAGUCUUUGGUGACCCAUACAACUCUGAUCCAGCAGAUCCGGAGUCCAUGGGAAUAGAAGUCAGAGAGAGUAUUUUGAAAGGGGAAGAACUUCCAGUUGCGCUUACGAAAAUCAACAUGGUUGAUUUGCCAUUGGGUGCUACAGAAGAUAGGGUCUGCGGGACAAUUGACAUUGAGAAAGCUCUCACAGAGGGUGUUAAGGCGUUUGAGCCUGGCCUGCUUGCGAAAGCUAAUAGAGGAAUUCUUUAUGUAGAUGAGGUUAAUCUUUUGGAUGACCAUCUAGUGGAUGUUCUUUUGGAUUCUGCUGCUUCAGGAUGGAACACAGUGGAGAGAGAAGGAAUUUCCAUUUCUCAUCCAGCACGAUUUAUUCUUAUCGGAUCAGGCAAUCCGGAAGAAGGAGAGCUCAGGCCUCAGUUGCUUGACCGGUUUGGAAUGCAUGCACAAGUGGGAACCGUAAAGGAUCCAGAACUUAGAGUGAAGAUUGUAGAGGAGAGAGCCCAGUUUGACAAAAAUCCCAAGGAGUUUAGGGAUUCUUACAAGGCUGAGCAAGAUAAGCUGCAAAGCCAAAUUGCCUCAGCUAGGAGCUCUCUUUCCAGCAUUCAGAUUGAUCGUGAUCUAAAGGUAAAAAUCUCCAAGGUUUGUUCAGAGCUGAAUGUAGAUGGAUUGAGAGGUGACAUAGUGGCUAAUAGAGCUGCAAAAGCUUUGGCUGCCCUGAAGGGUAAAGAUAAAGUAGCUGCGGAGGAUAUUGCCACAGUCAUUCCUAACUGUUUAAGACACCGUCUUCGCAAGGACCCUUUGGAGUCUAUUGACUCAGGGUUACUUGUCAUUGAGAAAUUCUAUGAGGUUUUUAGUUAAAUGAGGUGUCACUCAUCCCCCUUCUUUUUUUCCCCCUCGGAACAUGUUGCCCUUGAUUUUUUAUGAUUAGUUUUCUCUCGUUUACAUGCUCACCGUCUUAUGUUUACCGUGAUAUCAAUGAUAACCCCGUCAUGACUAGAGUGAUCAUUCUAGGCUCAUGAUCCAUGGACGUUGUAGUAGAUUUCACUAUUUCAGGGAGAGUUAUCAAGCUAGCAGACUCAUCUUUCUCUAUAAGUUUACUGCUUUUUUGGUAUGGAUACCACUGUAUUCAGUUUUACUAUUGGAAACCAUGAUUGAUGAAGAAUCGGUAUAAUGUGAAUGUCCUCCUCCUCUGGUA